CCUACCGUUGUUGCCUUGAUGGGACUUGGAGGAUCGGAACGCAGUCUCUUCCUCGAAGCUGUUACCGAAACACCUCUGGCGGCUGGAAACGGUGAUGAUUGCACCUCCCCAGCGGCCUCUGUCGUCAAGGGUAUUGUCAACGGGGAACAAGUAUGGCUGAUAGACACUCCACAGUCGGUGGACUCGGAUGUCGAGUUGCUCAAUACCGCGAAUAAAGCCCUAGAGCGCGAACUAGGCCAAAGCCACAAUACAGUUCACGGCUUGAUUUACCUUCACGACAUCACGGAAGGGAGUACAAGCGAGACCGCAAAAAAGAAUCUGGCAACAUUCGAAAAGCUGCUCAGCCCGGCAUUCCAGGAGAACAUCAUGAUAGUGACUACCCUCUGGGACAUGCUCCCAUCAACCGCUCAGGGGGUCCGUACCGAAGCUGAGCUGAAGGCCGUCUAUUCAGCCUUGCAUCCCACUGUCGCCGUCCGCCGAGUCGAAGAUUCCAGAGACGAUGAGGCGGAGAGUAUCUAUCUUAGCAUCCUCCAAGAACUCAUCAACAAGAUCAAGAAAUCGGCCCCAGAAGAUCAAAACCCUGCUGCAGAAUCGUCAAAACCCACGCCUGAACAGCUCCAGAGCAUCGUCGAGGAGAAAGAUAAGGAACUGGCAAGUCUCAAGGAUGAGAUUGACGCCUUGAAGAACACUAUCGACUCACAGAACUUGGAGUUAGAGAAAAGGGCCAACGAGGCAAAAGUCCUAAAGAACAAGCUCGAACGGGCUGAAGAGCAAGUCCAGCAACUGAAGACCCAGCUAGAGCAGCAGAAAACCAGACAUGCGUCCGAGGCCAGCAAUCUCCGGCAGCAAUUGGACACCGAGCGUCGAGACCUGGACGCCAAACUCCGCAAAUCCGAGACGGACCGGGCCGACCUAGUGCGGCAGCUAGACGACCUGCGCCGGCAUCCCCCUGCGCCACCAAGCUCUAGCUCACAACGACAGCGGAUACUGAACCCUAGCCUCAACGUACUGGACUCCCGCGGUGAGUUCCCGCUCUACGGCGCGGCGGCGGGCGGGCGGUACGAGGAGACAAAAAGCCUGCUGGAACGGGGUGCCGACGCUUCGAUGUGCACCCGGUAUCGGUGGACUGCGCUGCACUGGGCGGCCAACAAUGGCCACGCGAACGUCGUGCAGCUGCUGCUGUCAUACGACGCCAACGUGAAUGCCGUGUCGGACACGGGAAAAACGCCGCUGAGCAUGGCCAAGACGGAUGAGGUCAGAAGGUUGUUGCUGCAGAAAGGGGCAAGGUAG